AUGGCGCCCGACUCGCCCUGUUGGCAGCAACGGCACGACUCCAUUCGUCACAUCUUGCAAACACGCUCCGUCAAGGCAGCUCUGCGCGACUUCCAGUUCAGCCUGAACAAUCUCGACAACAUUCGCUCAAUAUCAGAUGCAUCAGAUGCAUCACAGGCCGACCCUAGCAGCUCGAGUCAUGUCCAUGCCUCUUCCGCCGCCACCUUGGGUCGAUUCCUCGACAUCAGCCUCGUCAUCUCGUGGUCUGCCGACGGUCUUGCAGCGAGCACCGACCCAAACCCCUUCCGGAUUGCAGCCGCUCCCACUCUCAGAGACCUACGCUCGCUCAGCUUGCAGGUACAAGACUUCAAGUCUAUCAAGGUGCUCCAGAAGAGCGCAGGAAGCCUUGUCGAAGUCGUAAAGAGCCGCCUCGAUGGCCGUGUCUACGUGCUCAAGUCGCUCGUCAAGGGCUUUGCCCGUCGCAAUGCCGCCAUUCAGACUCCCAUCAACGAGUCCAAGCUGCUACAGCGCCAGCCCCACUCCUCACUCGAGUCGCAUCAACACCACCAGCUGCUCACGCCACAGCUGCUCGCCGCGUUUCAGACGCAAAAUUCCGUCCAUGUGCUCAUGGAGUAUGUACCCAGCGGCGACUUCAGCGAGCUUCUUAUGGCUGCAAGCAGCUGCGGCCCCGACUAUCCCGGCCGCGCUCCCACCGGCCUUCUCAACGAAGACUGGAUCCUCCGCUACAGCGUCGACAUGGUGCAGGCCAUCGCUUGGGUCCAUGCUCAGGGCUUUGCCCACCGCGACAUCAAGCCCGGCAACUUUCUCCUCGACCGCAGCGGCCAUCUGAAGCUGUGCGACUUUUCCAGCGCCGCGCCCUUCAGCGACUUUGCCUCCCAAGCCCACACUGCCAGCACGUCAUCCAAGCCAGACCGCAAGGUGUGGGCCUUCUACUGCUCUCAGCCCACAGGCACGUGCGACUACCUAUCGCCCGAGGUGCUCGAAGCCGAGGAAACACGCGUCCUCCAGCGUCAGCAGCAGUACGACUUGUCCAAUCUUGACGACUUCCUCGGCGUCCAACGUCGCACCAAUCCAUCAUCACAGGCUGGUUCCGGCUCACAACCCGAGUGCACGCCCGGCUUGUACGGCCCACAAGUCGACUGGUGGAGCUUCGGCGUGAUGCUCUACGAGAUGCGCUUCGGCGUCCUACCCUUCUUCGCCGACAAGAUGGAGGAGACCUACGAAAAGAUCAAGGCACACUCGACCUCGCUCCGAUUCGAUGCUUCCGUCGCAUGUUCCACCCAGCUCACACUGCUCAUCCGCGGCCUCGUCACAGAAGCAGCACGUCGUCUCGGCCGCGACUCGGCACAACAAGUCCAGCAGCAUGCAUUCUAUGCUGCCGAGCGCAUCGACUGGUCCAAGCACUGGCCGCUCGACGCCCCUUUCACCCCCAAUGCUCCGGGAGAUCCCGCAUCGGACCAGCGGUCGACCACGCGCGACGGUCUCGCAGGCCAAAAUGCCAAUCCCGCGCCCACUGGCAUUGCUGCCCACUUCAAAGACAGCUCCAUGUCCGUCGUGUCCAGCUUACCCUCCUUCUCCGCCCUCUACGCGGGCAAUCCGGACGACUUUCCCGCCUUUGCAGACUCACGGGAAUUUGAGGCAGACUCGGUCGGACACAAACAGGACUGGUGGGGACCGGACGCUGGCAUUUCUCAGGAGGGUGAGCCAGAUUGCUCAAGCCAUCUCAGAGACGACGAGACGCAAGCAGCGAAUAAUGUGCCGCCGCCUUCCAGCGACCUGUCGCUGACAGCUGGCAUGACCAGGUCUUCCUCCUCGCCCGCCGUCGUGCUCAACGCCUCUUCAUCCCCAAGCGCAAUGCUCCGCGACGCAAACUCGUCGCUCGCAGGUGCUAUCUCGCCAUGCAUCUCGCGCUCGGCUCCGCGCUGGUCCGAUUGCGACACCACUUUUGUCGGUUUCAGCUACUUGCCACACAGAGACGCUUUUUUGCCUCCGGCAGACGCAGCCCCUGCAGUAUCGACUGGCGAUUUGUCGACCGCUGCCAGCUUUGACGACCUUGCUCACAAGACGGGCGCUUCUCCGAGCAUCUGGCCCACCAGCACCCCCAUCGCGUCCACGCCAUUCCAUCGAGGCAGCUCGCAAGCAUCGCAUUCACUCACCACGCUCCCGACGCCGCCGUCGUUUGCGCCCAGCCCCGUUGCUGCUGUCGAGCCCGCGGGCGCCGAAGCGCGAAAUCAGCAUUCGCAGCCGAGACCCCCGGCGCUUCCCUUCCAGCAUCCACAAAAUUUUGUCACGCCGGCUCGCAAGCCGUCGUACAUGGCCAUCCACGAUCGAUUCCGCCAGCUCCAAGGUCAGGAGGCGCCCAUCCCCGAAGAUGCCUCGGCCAACUAUACGCCCGCGGUGCCAUCGUCGCCAUAUCCCUUCCCCAUGGCCUCGGCUGUCAAGAACUCGCACUUUACCGGAGGCAGGAAGGCGGUGCUCAACCGGCGCGACCUCGAACGCGCGCGCUCGGCAACCCCCGGCGGCGGAAGCGUCGGUUCGGACAGCCGUCAGUCGGGCGGCAGCAAUGCCGUACGCGAGAUCUCGGAGCGCGAAGCCUGGGACGAGAUGAUGGCUGCCGUGCAGAAGAGCGUUCGAAAGAAGCAACCCGCUGCCGUCGUGCCUCCGACACCGCCAAUCUCGUCGGCUGUCAAGCCCACGGGCCUGCCGCGCUCUUCCACCGACCCGCAGCUUUCGGCGUCCAAGCCUGUCACAACACUGCCGUCCCGGCGUGUCCAUCCCCAAAAAGCAGGAGACAACACGGGCUCUCGGCGGGCAUCGCGCAACGCUCUGCAGCCUCUCGAGGCUCCGCGUCAGGCGCUGCACCCGGCAAGGUCAGGGCUUGGCGACCACCGCUCAUCGGACGAGAAGCACGGAUCCGUCGCACAGUCGCAAGGCGACGCUCGUCAGGCUGGCAACGGAGCCAGGCUCGUUGCGCCACGCGCUACAUUCAAGGUGGUCGCUCCCGAGUCACCCGAGCCGUUGCCAGCGGCACUCGUGCCGGACGACUCGCCGCGCGCGGGCGGGCUGAUGCCGAACCAGUAUGCGCUCGACAUCGACAUGUACGACUCGGAUGGCUCAGACGAUGGGCACGCGGCACCUCGACACCUGCGACACAAGAAGAGCGCGCGCCAGCUGCUCAUCCGAGCGCAGGAACGCGGCACGCCGACCAAGCCCAAGCGGGCGCAAAGCCCGCCUCUGACCGAGGCGUUUGCGUCGGCGCCCUCGGUGGCUGCGGUGCUGGAAGCCGCGGGCGCGCGCGACUCGCCGCCGCUGCUGCUGGGCGACCAUUCGGUGCGUUCGGCCGGCUCGUCGCGCGACGUUUCGUACGAGCAGAGUGCGGAUCGCGGCGUGGGCUCGUCGCGCGCCCGAGCACUGUCCAUGCAGCGAUCGGGCAAGAGCACGCCAGACGGCAGCCGGGAGAUCCUCUCGACGAGCCUCGGCAAGACGUCGGUCUCGUUUGCCCCCAUGGCGUACGUGCCCGUGCUGGGCGCCAUCCCUCCGUGGCGCGACGCGAGGGACGCAGCGGGCAGUGGCGAUGGCUCUGGUGAUGGCAAGGGUCUGCCGCGCGAUUCGGGACGGGGCACGCGGACGAUCCGCCGCAAGGACAGCGGCGAGAUGCUCUCGCAGUACCGCAAGGCCAAAGGCAUGGGGCGCGCGACGAGCAUGCUGUCGCUCAGCGAGCGCGCCAAAGCCGACGCGGACGCGCCGGCCUCGCGCCCGGAUACGGCCGGCAGCGGCAACGCGGCGCUGUCAACCUCGCCGCCCGAUGGUGAUGGAGAGGACGACUUCAUCUUGGGCCACGUCGAGAGCCGGAUGCGGUCGCUGGCGCCCGGUGGCAGCUUGCCCGGGCGCACGAUUCGGCGCUUCUCGAGCGUGCUUUCGCUCAAAGAACGCGAGCGCGUGACGAUCGAGCGGCCGGCGAGCCAGGAUGGCGGCGGUAAGAGCACGCGCGGCUUCGGCCGCUUCCGCAGCCGCUUUGCGCCGUCGACGCUGUGCGAAGAGCCGAGCGAGGACGCUGCGGGCGACGACGCGGGCCUCGCGCACGAGCGGGCGCAGCGGGGCGCACACCGCAGUCGCCGCGUGGGCACCAAGGUCGCCGACGACGACUCGGGCAAGCUGGGCGGCGGGCGGAGGAUGGGCGAGACGCUGCCGAGGUCGUUUGCAGUGCGCGCGGCGUCGAUGGGGGCGAGCGAGUCGCCCGGUACGGGAGACGUGAGCCUCAUGACGGGGCUAGGGCAGCGCCACCAUGCGCUGCAGGGCUCACUGCUGGGACUCGAGCAGCGUCUGGCGCGGCUCAAGGCGCGGCUGGAAGACUGA